UGCAUAUUGAUUGUCAUAUACAUGUAAUUUGUUCACUGUAUAAGGGGGAUAAGACAAUGUUAUAAAUAUUUAUUUUUUCUCUAUAAGCUUAUUAUUAACCAUCACACAUUUAUCAUUGUUUUGUAAACUAUAAUUUAUUUGCAGGAUAUUUGUUUAUUAUAGGUAAAGUUUUAUUAAUAUGGCUGAUGUUAACAGUUCAGAAUAUUUGCCAUCGAGACAUAGAAGUUGCUUUGUUUACGGAUGUUUUUCAACAGCUGCUGCUAAUAAACCUCAUCUUGGGUUUCAUAAAUUUCCUAGUAGAGGCAAAAGAAAUAUUGUGGUUGUCAAAAAGAAUGGUGAUAGAUGUAUUUAUGAUAGGCGCCAAUUAUGGAUUGAUUCUCUCAAUAUCGGGAGAGAAGCUGCAUCAGCUAUCGAUGGAGUUGCCGUGUAUGUCUGUUCUUUGCAUUUUGCAAGAGAAGAUUUUUACUACAACCAAGAUAUAACUGGAAGGAGGUAUUUAAAGGAGCUAGCCAUACCUCGACGAAACUUACCUGCAAGAAGAACUUCACCACUCACAACCAAGUUCAAUGUGAGGUCUCUGCAUAGAGUAAAAUACAGAGGAUAUUUCAACAUCCACAAUCCCGAUGGCAGAAAACUUACAGCCAAGCGAAGGUAUCUUGGAAGCAAGAAGCCCAGUAAACCAGAAUUAUCUCAGCUGUACACAAAAACUGUCUGGGUUGCCAGAAAACCUAAUGCCAACAAAAAUCCACCGGAACAGGUGGAAAAUGCUCAGAAGAGAGUUGAAGAUGAACAAUCUACCAUCCUGAACUCUGAACAGUUCACAUCCGAACUUAUUAUCAAAGAGGAGCCAUUAUCUGAUACUGAGCAGGAUCCAGACCAGUACAUGGCAGGAGAGGAUGAUGAUGUUGAGGUGUUGAACGACGGAGAUUAUUCAAAACCUGAUUCUAAUAAGCUCGUCAUUGAGACCAAGAAUAAUGAAGUUGAAGAGGCAGACCAAGAAGAGGAGACCAAUGUCGAUUAUGAGGAUGGAAAAGAGGCUGAAAUAGGGGACUUGCAAUUACCAGAGGAAAUGAAUCUGCCAGACGUAGAGGGAGAAGGAUUUGAAGACACUCUUGCAGAGGAGUUUGAGCAGACUAUGGAAGAAUUUGAGGACUAUGAACAAAAUGACCAGGAGGUCCAUGAACAAAAUGACGAGGAAGACUAUUAUGAAGCUGUUGAAACUCUCGAGGAGGAGGAAGAGAAUGGUGUGGAAGAGCAGGAGGAAGUAACUGUUCUUCAUGUCGGUGAUGAUGAUGAGUAUGAAGAAGAAGAAGAAGCGUACCAAGGUUUAUGUCACAUAUGUGGCUCUGAGAAUUGUAGAGGGCACUCACAAGCAGCUAAAUUUGGCGAUAACUAUUUCGUAUGCUUGAUAUGUAGUGAAAUAUUUCCAUCUCAAAAACAAUUGGCCAACCACUCACUAUGUCACGAAGACAUGUCAGAAGAAGAACUUCAGAUACUGGAAGAAAGACAGAGAACUCUUACAUGCGAGUUUUGUGGCCGUGUUCUGUCAACAAAAUCAACACUGCGAGAGCACAUCAUGAUUCACACGGGUGAGAAACCUCAUGAAUGUUUACUCUGUGGGAAGCAUUUUAGACAUAAGGCAAACUUGGUCGUUCACGUUAACGGACAUGCAGUUGUCAGCACGUACAAGUGUAAAAAGUGUAACAAAGCGUUCACAAAAAAGAGUGAUUUUGAGAAACAUCUCAAAUACCAUGUGGACGCAUCCGGCAAUCCCUUGGUUUGCAAAAUCUGCAACGCAGUAUUCAAAUCACAGAGAACUCUGUACAACCACUCGCAGCUUCAUUCAAAAAAAGGUAGUGUCCGAGCUAAAAGGAGAGGCGAGGGACCGAGGAAUCCGCAGUUUAAGUGUAGAACUUGUGGGAAAGGGCUCUCGACAAAAGCCACUUUAAAAGAGCACAUGAUGAUCCAUUCUGGCGAAAAGCCCCACGAGUGUCCGAUUUGCGGGAGAACCAUCAGACACAAAGCUAAUUACGUGGUCCACAUUCAGACACACGGGCAAGGAAGGUCUUAUGAAUGUGAUAUGUGCGACGAAGCGUUCAUGAGGAAAUUGGAUCUCACUCAGCACAAGCAGUCAGCUCACUCCAAGUCAAAGCUAUUACGCUGCCCUAUCUGCGGAGAAGUGUUCAAGUCACCAAUCAAGUUCAACCGACACAUGGAGAUACAUGAGAGUGUGGUCUACAUGAACGAGACUGAAGAACUCAACGGCUUUGAGCCACAUCUUUUAGAAGAUUAUCUGGAAUCGUAAAGAUUUACAUUAUGUAAAUUGGAGCUAUCUGAAAGAUUGUAAAUAUUUUUUGUGAAUUGGUGAUUUGCCCUUAUAUUAGUUACAUUCGGUGAAAAAAAAAACAAUGGAAAAAUAUAUACAGUUAUGAAUAGCAUAAUUGGAUUGUAUAAACUGUUGUAUAUAGAAAAUAAUGUUUAACUUCUUCUGUAGGUCCCUAUUCUCUCAACUGUUCAUUUUAUUAUAUUUCUUUGUUUUUUUCUUCAACUUAAGUGUAUAGCUUAGAUCUUUUACAU